CAUCCCCCCGGGUACCCGGAAGGGAGGAAGGGAACUGACCCAUUAAGAACCGUUGGACAGUGGCAGAGGCCAUCACUGGGCUGCACCAUCGUGGGGCCUCCACCCAGCUUGGCGGACUUUCGACUUGAAGCAGGAAGGAAACCAAGAAGGCAGUCUGGGAGCGGAGAGCCCAGGGGUGCAGCCGGAGGCCCCGCCAUGGCCAAGUUUCUUUCCCAGGACCAAAUUAAUGAGUACAAGGAAUGCUUCUCCCUGUACGACAAGCAGCAGCGGGGGAAGAUAAAAGCCACCGACCUCCUGGUAGUGAUGAGGUGCCUGGGGGCCAGCCCGACACCUGGGGAGGUGCAGCAGCACCUUCAGACUCAUGGGAUAGACAAAAAUGGAGAGCUGGAUUUCUCCACUUUCCUGACCAUUAUGCACAUGCAAAUAAAACAAGAGGACCCAAAGAAAGAGAUUCUUUUGGCCAUGUUGAUGGCAGACAAGGAGAAGAAAGGCUACAUCAUGGCGUCUGAGCUGCGGUCAAAACUCACGAAACUAGGGGAGAGGCUCACCCACAAGGAAGUGGAUGAUCUUUUCAGGGAAGCAAAUAUCGAACCAAAUGGCAAAGUGAAGUAUGAUGAAUUUAUCCACAAGAUCACCAUCCCUGUGCGAGACUACUGAAUACUGAAUGAAGAGAAUGUAAGAAAGCCUCCCCUGGGCCUGAAAAAUCAGAUGGAUGAAUUUUAAAGAAAAGUGUUCCUUUCACUCUAGGGAGGCAACACAGUGGCAAGAUGACAUUACCUGACUGGAGCAGAAGGGAACUUAGCAAAUGAAAUGAUUUCAGCCAUGGAAUUAGCCUGCCUCUUGUCUUUAAUAAAAGAGUUUUCCUGAUUUUGAUCACUGCCAUUCGUCCAGCCCUUUACAGCCGGGAAAGAGCUUAUGGCUUGGAGUUGGACCUGGGUUCCUCUCCUGCCUGCCGUUUCCCAGCUGUCUUUGGGCGAAUCAUUUCAUCCCUCAAAGCCUCGGGAUCUUCACGAAAGUUGGAGUUCUAUUUCUUACCUCAUGGAGCCUGCUGAGGAUGGUCUGAGUUAAGGACUUGAAAAAUAUCUUUGCAAACUGUAGAGUACUGUGCAAUCCUGAGUUACCAUGGUAGUGCUUCUCCCGAGAAGGGCAAUUACCCGAAAGACCAGGUUCUGUAUCUGGUGCUGGAAUCAUCUUCCACAUUUCCAAGACAGCCAGUGCUGGUUGAGAAAUAGCAAUACGCAGAACUAAAGCAAAGAACUAUGGCAACAUUUCUUGCAGCACCACAGGGCCACUUACAAAUUCUCAUUUCCAUCUCAACACACAGUGACACAAUUGAGAUUAAUUCAUAAACACCAAGUAUA